AUGAAGUCCAUGCUGCUGCUUGCCUUCCUCUGUGUGGCUCACCUCCUGCCAGACUCAGCCUUUUCCCUGCGCAUUAGUGCUUUCAACAUCCGGACCUUUGGGGAUAGCAAGAUGUCCAAUGAUACCAUCGGUGACAUCAUUGUCCAAAUUUUGUCCACAUAUGACCUCACCCUGGUUCAGGAGGUCCGAGACUCUGACCUGAGUGCAGUCCGGAAGCUGAUGAACCUGCUCAACCGAGGGUCAGCGGAACAGUAUGACUAUGUGAUCAGCCAGCCCUUGGGACGCACCAGCUACAAGGAGCAGUAUCUCUUCAUUUACAGGGUGGACCAGGUCUCUGUUCUGAACAGUUAUUUGUACGACGACGGGUGCGAGCCAUGCGGCAACGACACCUUCAGCAGGGAGCCUUUCAUUGUGAAAUUUGCCGCACCUCACACUGAGGUGAAGGAGCUGGUGCUGGUGCCUCUGCACACUCCACCCUCGGAAGCUGUGGCAGAAAUUGAUGCGCUCUACGAUGUCUACCUGGACGUGAUAAGCAAGUUGGAGACCCACGACAUGCUCUUCCUGGGGGACUUCAAUGCGGACUGCUCAUACGUCCGCCCAGAAGACUGGCCCCACAUCCGCCUGCGCACCCACAGCAACUUCCAGUGGCUCAUUCCAGACACUGCAGACACCACCGUGACAAACACAAAUUGUGCCUACGACAGGAUUGUGGCAGCAGGGCCAAAACUGAGAGGCAGCCUAGUGCCUGGAACAGCCCGAGUGAAUUACUUCCAGCAGACCUUCAGCCUCAGCUACAAGGAUGCCCUGGCAGUCAGUGACCAUUUUCCUGUGGAAGUGAUCUUGGAGACCCUCUAGGCUCCCUUUCUUUUCCUGCACAGCCAGUGAUCCAGAGAGACUGCAAAAGAGCCCCGCAGCCCGCCCGAUUGAGGCUGCCAGACAUCGUGCGUGACCCGUAGACCUUGUCUGAAGCGAACCUUUGUUUCCGAUGCAAUCAGCAGUCUCUCUCAGGAUCUUUGUAGAACGUGAUUAGUUCUGUUCAAAUAUUUUCUCCUAUUCUUCUGAGUGUCUCAUCAUGUCAUGCGCAGUCUGAAUAAACACCAGAGGGCCAGCCUCAGUUCUUGCUCAGUA